AUAUAGGAGAGAGCAUUAUUCCCUUUUUCCCCAUCAUCGUACAAAUUCUGUCUGCCUGUGAUGGUGCUGAAUACUGCUGAACACGAUCCAUCCAUAAAAUAGUAGCCGACUAGCCACAGUAGAUUAUUGGUAAAUUGGGUAAAAUAGGUUUAUAAAAGGUCGCUCAUCAUCAUGCUCCUCUACUCGUCAUUAUCAUUUUAUUAUCCACCAAACCCAAUUUACUAAAACACAUAAUAAUACUGCAAAAAAGCUCUCUGAAGGUGGAAGGGUUGGUCUUCUUCUUGCCGAUUACACAUACUAUUCUGCCAACAUUUUUUAUGCUUAAAUAAACACAUUACAAUUCACAAAAACAUUGAGGUCCACAAUGAAUUGCAAAUUGACUAAAAGUGUGUGCGAAUGAGCAGUGAAGUGGAAUAAAAAGUGCACGUAUUCUCGUUCUUAAGAACAUGGAGUUGGACAAAACGUUAUCAACAAGUUCGAUAAGAAGAUUUCCUGCUGGAAGAGGAUACGCGUGGUGGCGGUGAAGGCGUUGGUUCAGUGAGCAGCAAGGGGUCAUUGCGGCCUAAAGUGAGUGAGGUUAUUUGGUCGACGACACGGGCCUCUCUCUCGCUAUCAUCCCUUGCCAAAGAUGCAAAUCAAUAUUAAAUACUUGCCAAUUAAAGCACAUUACUUUUUCUACUGGGGAGGUGUGGCAUCGAUAUGGAGCUUCAUUGCUGUUUUUGGGAAGCAGAUGGGAAUUUCAGAGGUGGGGGUGGGUCUGAUAUUCACGGUAGCCCCCGUCGCAGGUCUCAUCGCAAAGCCCGUGUUUGGUGCCGUGGCAGAUCGUUUCAAAAAGAAAAAGAUGAUUUUCCUUUUUUUCCUCCUUCUGAAUCUCAUGGCUUUUCUUAGUGUGGCCUUCCUUCCUCAAAACCUUCCCGUGCACCCCGUCCAACUUGACUGUGCAAUGGGAAUGAGUUCCAUUCGACAAUGUGGGAGGUUGAACCCCCAUUGUGCAGAAUCCGUCAUUAAGUCUUUCAAAAAAGAAUGUGUCGACGAGCGACGAAGGAAAGAACGUCUCAAUACGACUUCUGCUGGGACGGAUAGCCACAUCAGAUCUGCCAGAUCUUCCCUGGAUAGUAGUGACCAGUGUGUCGAGUCUUGUCGAGGUUACUGUGAAAUUCAUGGAAUUGAAGAUGGAAUUCGGUUUUGUCAUUCACUGUUUCCCCACAAUCAGCCGGAAAUAUGCCGAAUAAUGAGUUCUCCUCCCCAGAUUCAAAACAAUUCCAUGUUGAUAAGGGCACGUGACACUGGGGAACAUUAUGACAAGGAAGACGACGACGAUGAAGAGUCGGAGAUUGAUGGGAGUCGAACUGAGCGCAGCAUUCCACGUCCCUCAGGACCUCACAUUAUUGAUUUUGAUGUUAAACUCAAAAUCGAUGAAGUACUGAUGAUAGAUGAUCCUUGGGGUGGAAGGGAGGAGUCUCCAGCCGCACCGGGAAAGUGUUUGUAUAUACCCAUCAAGGAAGUUUCAUUCUACAAGGAUUCCGACCCUCUAGUGUUUCGUGGUCUUUCAUGUCACAAACAGUUUCUCCUCCAAAAUUGCUACAUUGACUGUCCAAACAAUACCGCUCUCAACCGACAGCUCGAGUCUAUCCAAGAGGAGGAGGAACUACUCGACGCUAUGAAUUUCUGGAUGUACGGGUCUCUCGUGGUCAUUGCAUGGAUUGCCAUGUCUGUCGUUGAGUCACUGGCGGAUGCCAUGUGCUUUCAAACUUUGGCUGACGAAAGUGGCAAGUAUGGCCGACAACGCCUUUGGGGGACCAUUGGCUGGGGGAUAUUCCAACUCGUGGCUGGAUACUUAAUCGACACAUCUAGUCAGGGGAAGUUGUUGAAAGACUACACCCCGUCAUUCUAUAUAACUGCGGGAUUGCUCACUAUCGACCUCAUCGUUGCGUACAAGUGGAGCGUACGAGAGGUUGAGAAAACUAAGUCAUUACGUCGUGAUCUGUGUUCAGUUUUAAGCAACUUGAGAAUCGUUGUCUUUAUUGUUGCCUGCGUCAUCAUUGGGAUGUGCACAGGACUCUUGUGGAACUUUCUCUUCUGGUAUGUUGAACUAUUGUCAGAAAAACAACAGCUGCAAGCUUCGUGUGAGUCCCAUCAUAGGAUCAAACUACUACAAGGUCUCAUAGGUGCGAUUCAGUGCCUCGGAGAGUUGCCAUUCUUCUUCAUUUCUGGUUGGGUAAUUCAAAAGCUGGGUCAUGUCCACUGUAUUACUCUCGUUUUGGGAGCAUUUGGGAUCCGGUUCAUAAUUUACAGUUUUCUCGUGAAUCCCUGGACAAUCUUGCCAGUGGAACUUUUGCAAGGUCUCACGUACGGCGUAUUUUAUUCAACAAUGGUCUCUUAUGCACACAAAAUAAGUCCAGUUGGGACGUCUGCAACUGUGAUUGGUGUAAUUCAGGCUGCAUUCUUGGGAAUUGGAGUGGCAUCAGGAAGUCUUGUCGGUGGGCUAAUCUUUCACAAAUACAGCGGAGGAACGGCUUUCCGGGUUUUUGGCGUCGGCUGUCUCAUAUUCUGUGCCAUUCACGCAACGAUCAUGUGCAUCCUCAAUAAAAAGUCAAACUACGGAUUCCCCUCAGGUGUUUUGUUUACCAUGGUAGAUCGCACCGAGCCCGAAGGUCAGGAAAUGUUCAAAAUUUCCAGCUCCACGCAAGACGUGGCAGACAGCGACGAGGGGCCCUGACGUAAAAGAGAAACUGCGGUUUAAAACAACUUGACAAGUCAUGCAGGACACAACCGCAGUUCACAUCACAGAUUUACAUCGACAGUCCUCAGCAUUUAUUUGUGGCAUCCCUCACUCAUCCAAUCGAAUCUGACUUAAUGAGCAAGCCCUGCGAAGAAAACCAGCCAACUUGAACUCAAACAAGCAAUCUGUCACACAGAGACUAUUACUAACAUGUAAUUAUGUUUGAGUGCAUUACUGUUAUUAUUGUUAUUAUGAUUAUGAUUAUUAUUAUUAUUAUGAACACACAUAAUUAGUAGGAAGAGCGCAUUAUAUUGACAUAUCUACUGCUUAUUAUUAUGAUGAUAUACUAUAUGACGAGCCAUUGUAGCAGCAGCAACGCAUAAUAUUUGUAUCUGUUUAGCUUUUUGAAUGCUUUAAGAAACGCAUGUUGCUUGCAAAUAGUAAUCAAUCGUGCCGUACUACAAAACAAACUAUUGAAAAGAGUGCUGUUUACUAAUUUGUUAGGAAGCAGUAUUUUUUUAGCACGCAGGCAUGUGGUUGAUGUGAAUGAAGAACAAUUUCUUCUGACGCCUCAUUUAUUUGAUUAGCUACUUUUUUACCUUUCUGUGAUAACUUUUGUCAUAUGUAACUUGAAUCGAGAGCUGCUUUAUUAUUUGUUAAAUAUUACAUAGAUAGAUAUUCGUCGUCGCGAUGUAGAUUUAUGUACGUGUCAUCUAGUUAUAGAUAAACUUCGUUGUUUUACAUUUUAUAUGAGAUGAAAAUCAAGUAAAAUACAAUAAUGAUGAUGUCAAUUAAUAAAAAUCUACACAGCUUUGUGAUAAAAUUAUAAUAAAAAUAAAACAGUUUCGUAAACGGGUUUUUCAAA